CAGUGAUCUAAAAAUAAGAGGGACGCGAAGGCGCGGCGUCGCGGCGCUCGCUUGGGUCUCAGUCGAGCAGCAGCCGUCGCGAGUGAAACCCGAACGAUAACACGAGCAUUAACCAUGGUAUACGAGAGUGACUUCUACACGACGCGUCGGCCCUACAGGUCCACCUACAGCGUGACGCAGCCUCUGUCUUCAGUGUACUACCUAUCGUCUCUGCUCCCGUACUAUCAUAUCCCGUACAUCGAUUACGUGCCGAGGCUCUCGCAGGCUGAACUGAUUUACCGUCCGACAUCUCGGUCGGUAACUCGACUCGUUACGUACCCUGAUGUGCCGCAUCACGUGGUGAGGGUCAGGGUCCGCCCAUCCGUGGUCCUCCGUGAGCUGGACCGAAUCGCUUACCGACGCCGUCCAGCACUGGCCAUCUCUGCCGUCGAUGACUUCUUGCGCUCCGAAGCAACCAAGACUUUCGAAGAUGAGACCCGUCGAAUUCGCGCCGACACUGCAGCUUUGAUCCACCGGGCUCGCUCUGUGGUGCCGCGCGCCAAGUCCUUAGCACCACUCGACACCAUCUACUCAUAUUCAUACGGCGAGCCGAUCCCGUACCGUUUCAGCAAUGACGCUUACAUUGCUAAGCUUUUGGUGCCCCUACGCAGCGUCGCGGAUAGCAUCCACAAUCUUUCCUUCUAUCACGAGCCAGCCAAGAAGUUCACUGGACGCGGCAACCUCGCGUGCGUGCACUACUCCGGUAAGAAGGCCUUCUCCAACCGUAGGCCACUUUACAAGGAGCUCAGCAUCAGGGAUGACGUGAACCUGCUCUCGUUCUACGCGAAGAACAGGCUCGCGGCCGCCGGUCUGGCCGUCGAGAAUGCAACAGUUAAACUGCUACCUUGGAGGCCGAGCCGCAAAUUUCAGGCGCCUCAAAUGAUGGAAGAUCCUUCACGAGAGCUGAAGGCAGCCAAAGCGGAACGCGAGGCCAGAUUCCGAGCCUCCACGGCCGAACCGGUUUUGGCUCCCACUGCAGAUUUAGCUGAAAUCAAGAAAAAAAGGCAGCAGGAAGCCAGAGCUGCCGAAGAAAAGGCUUUAAAGGAAGAGGCGAAACGCGAGGCUGAACGAAAAGCUCAGGCCGAGCGAGAAGCCGCUGAAAAAAAGAAAGCAGAGGAAGAAGCUAGAAAAGCGGACGAGGCCAAACGUAAGGCUGAAGAAGAAGCCCGUAAGGCUGAAGAAGCUCGGUUAGCUGAAGAGGCUCGUCUGGCCGAAGAGGCGAAAUUAGCUGAAGAAGCCAGAAAGGCCGAAGAAGAAAGGCUAGCUGAAGAAGCUAGAUUAGCAGAGGAGGAACGUAUAGCGGAAGAGAUUAGAUUGGCUGAAGAGGCAAAGUUGGCAGAAGAAGAAAGGCUUGCCGAAGAAGCGAGAUUAGCAGAAGAAGCCAGAUUAGCUGAAGAAGCGAAAUUAGCAGAAGAGGCUAGGCUAGCAGAAGCUAGAAUGGCAGAGGAAGCGAGAUUAGAAGAGGAGAGGCUGGCUGAACAAAUUAGACAAGAAGAGCUUGCGAAAUUAGAGGAACUAGAAAAACAGGCACAGGAAGAACGCGAAGCAGAACUUGCACGACAGGCUGCUGAAUUAGCCGAGAUCGCAAGGCAAGAAUCAGAGUUAGCAGCCGCGCGUUUGGAAGAGCUGUCGCAGAGUGGUUCCGCUACAGAUGUUCCAGAGUCUAGUGCCGAGGAACCAGAACCUAUCAUAGAAGAGCCAGAAUCACCCCAGGUAGUCCCUGAUGCGCCAGCAGAGACAACAGAAGCUGAGUUGGAACAAGCUGAUGCCAGCGAAGAUGAAAGAGCAGAACCUGAUCUUACCGACGAAGAAUAACCGAUUAAUUUAGAAGAAAAAAUCGAGAUCUAAUUCAUUAUAAUUUUUUUUUUUUUUGAAUAGCAAAAAAUUUAACGUUUAAGGUUAAUUAAAAAAAAAAUGUUUUUAUUUUAACAAAACUAAACAUUGAAUAUGUAAUUGCAUUUCAACAAAUCUGGUAAUUGUAUGCCAGUCUAACGACUAGUUCAUAAACUGAAGUUUAAAUACAGAUUUGAUAUAGGUAAUUCUUUUUUUUUAUAAAUUUUAUAUGCUUAGUAUUGUUCAUGUUGGAUUCACUGUGUUAUCAUGAACAAUAUCAGAGCAUGAUAGUAUCCACUUUUACAGCUUUCACAUGCAUAAUCAAAUUAUGUGUGAAUGAAAGAUAUGUUACUAGUUAUGGUUUUGAGUUUUUAAAUAACCAUGUUAACUUAUAUAUAAAAAAAAACUGUUAUGUAAUGUUAUAG